AUGACGAAGAUAAAGAAUAUGAUUGGAAGCGAAUAUGAGUAUUUGGGACCAGGCUCAUCCCAGUUAAUGCAGAAAAUAUUUAGGAAGAGGCGUGUCCCCGGGAUCUGGGUCUGCAUCAGGGAGACACGGUGGGUGCAGACUCUGUACGGAAACAACGCUUCCCAGGUGCAAAGCCAGCUUCCCACCAGGAAAUCUUCAGUGAGACCCCUGGAGGAAUCGUUUCUCACCAGUGAUGGUGCUAAACCUAAGCAGAGACCUUUCGGUUCUGUGAGCAGCUUCGAGCCAUUGUCGUCUGAGGACCUAGUCAUCCUCUUCAGCCAGGAAGAGUGGGCUUUGCUCACUGUUGCUCAGAAGAAUCUCUACAGGGAUGUGAUGAUGGAGACAGUGAAAAGUCUGGACUUCAUAGAUAGUUUCAUUAGCAUGAGAUAUUCAAGAACACGCAUUGCUGAGAAAUUUAAUGAGAGUCAAGAACGUCCAACAGCGUUUUCUCAAUCAAGUCAGAUUACGGCACACGGAAGAAAUCCCCCAGGAGAGAGAUGUUACGAAUGUAAGGAAUGUGGCAAAACCUUCUCUCGAUCACAUGACCUCUCUGAACAUAGGAAAACUCACACAGGAAGGAAACGUAAUCUAUUCAAGGAAUGUGAGACAACAUUUUCAAAAUCAAGUCAGCUGGCUUUACAUAGAAGAAGUCACACAGGAGAGAGACCUUAUGUGUGUAACGUCUGUGGGAAAAUCUUUGCCCGAUCAUCCGACUUGACUCGACAUCUUAGAAUUCACACAGGAGAGAGACCUUAUGAAUGUAAGGAAUGUGGCAAGACCUUUAACGUGUCAACUGAACUCACUCAACAUCUUAGAAUUCACACAGGAGAGAGACCUUACGAAUGUCAGGAAUGUGGCAAGACCUUUGCCCGAUCAGCUUACCUCACUCAACAUAGAAGAAUUCACACAGGAGAGAGACCUUAUGUCUGUAAGGAAUGUGGGAAAACGUUUCGCAGUGCAACUCACCUCACUCAACAUAAAAGAAUUCACACAGGAGAGAGACCUUACGAGUGUAAGAAAUGCGGGAAAACAUUUGCACGAUCCUGUAAGCUCACUGCACACAGAAGAAUUCAUACAGGAGAGAAACCUUACACGUGUAAGGAAUGUGGGAAGGCCUUUGCCCGAUUAACUCACCUCACUCGACAUCUUAGAAUUCACACCGGAGAGAAACCGUACGAAUGUAAGGAAUGUGGGAAAACAUUUGCACAAUCAACCCAGCUCACGCGACAUCUUAGAAUCCUCGCAGGAGAGAAAACUUACGAAUGUCAGGAAUGUGGGAAGACAUUUUUCCAAUCAAGUCAGCUCACGUCACAUAGAAAAAUUCAUACAGGAGAGAAGCCUUAUGAAUGUAAACAGUGUGGCAAAACCUUUGCCCGAUCCACUGAGCUCUCACGCCAUGUUAGAAUUCACGGAGGAGAGAGACCUUAUGAAUGUGAGGAAUGUGGAAAGACCUUUGCCCGAACCACUCACCUCACUCAGCAUAGAAGAAUUCACACAGGAGAGAGACCUUAUGUGUGUAAGGAGUGUGGGAAAACUUUUCGCGUAUCGACGUCUCUCACAAAUCAUAUUAGAAUUCACACAGGAGAGAGACCUUAUGAAUGUCAGGAAUGUGGGAAGACAUUUUCACGAACGAGUCAGCUCACUUCACAUCGAAGAAUUCAUACAGGAGAGAGACCUUAUGAAUGUAAGGAAUGUGGAAAAGCCUUUUCUCACCAUGCUUCUCUCAUUGUGCACGGACGAAGUCAUACAGGAGAGAAACCUUAUAAAUGUAAACAUUGUCAGAAAAACUUUUCUCAGCUCUCCUCCCUAAUUGUACAUGCAAGAAUUCACACAGGAGAGAAACCUUAUCAUUGUACGGAAUGUGGGAAAACUUUUUCACACUCAAGUCGUCUCAAAAUUCAGCUGAGAAAUCAUACAGGAGAGAAACCUUAUGAAUGUCAGGAAUGUGGAAAAGCAUUCACCAAAUCUUCAUACCUCACUCCACAUAGAAGAAUUCACACCGGAGAGAAACCUUAUGAAUGUCAGGAAUGUGGGAAAACCUUCACCACGUCUUCUCACCUCACUCGACAUAGAAGAAUUCACACCGGAGAGAAACCAUAUCCAUGUCAGGAAUGUGGGAAAGCCUUCACCAUUUCUUCUCACCUCGCGCAACAUAGAAGAACUCACACAGGAGAGAAACCUCAUGUAUGUAAGGAAUGUGGGAAAGCCUUCGCAGAAUCACAUCACCUCACUCAACAUAUCAGAGUUCACACCGGAGAGAAACCUUAUCCCUGUAAGGAAUGUGGGAAAACAUUUUCUCUAUCAAGUCAGCUCAAUGUACAUCUUAGGAUUCACUCAGGAGAGAGACCUUAUGAGUGUAAGGAAUGUCGGAAAACCUUCACCCGAUUAAAUCACCUCAGGGAACAUAGAAAAAUUCACACAGGAGAGAGACCUUAUGAAUGUCAGGAAUGUGAGAAAACCUUCCGCAAAUCACAUCACCUCACUCAACAUCUUCGAGUUCACACGGGAGAGAAACCUUAUCCCUGUAAGGAAUGUGGGAAGGCAUUUUCACAACCAAGUCAGCUUACACUACAUCUUAGAACUCACACAGGAGAGAGACCUUAUGAAUGUCAGGAUUGUGGGAAAGCAUUUGCCCAGUUUCAUGCCCUCAUUGAACACAGAAGACUCCACACAGGAGAGAAACCUUAUGAUUGUAAGGAAUGUGGGAAGACAUUUUCUCACCGUACUUCUCUAAGUAACCAUGCAGGAACUCACAGAGCAAACAAACCUUAUUAA